AUGAACCUCUUCAAGUCAGCUGGCAAUGCAGACCGGAAUGUCUUUGAUGAGCAGAAAAGUGUUCACGACACGGGUGAUAGUGGUGUUGUGACACCAGUCAACGAGUCCGAGACUACGAGUGAUAAACCGAUCAAUGACGCCUCCAACUUCCCCGAUGGAGGCACCAAGGCCUGGUUGAAUGUUGCCGGGGGCUGGUGUAUCUUCUUCUCUAUGUUUGGAUGGGCCAAUGCGUUUGGUGUGUUUCAGAGUUACUACCAGGAACAUCAACUCAAAGAUUAUACGGCGUUCCAGAUCUCUUGGAUUUCCUCUAUCCAGACGUUUAUUCUGUUCGGAGGAGGUAUUGUGGCCGGCAAAUUAUACGAUAACUAUGGCCCCAAGGUGCUUGUCUACCCAGGAGUAUUCCUCCAUCUCUUUGGAAUGAUGAUGUGUAGCAUCUCUACCGAGUAUUACCAGUUUAUUCUGUCCCAGGGCGUGUGCACCUCGCUCGGUGAUGCAGCACUAUUUACCGCAUCACUCAGCACAGCCAGCACCUGGUUCCAUAAGAAACGCGCCUUUGCAUUUGGGAUCCUGCUCACCGGCACGAGCAUCGGCGGCGUCGUCAUGCCCAUCUGUCUCGAGCACUUACUAGCUUCGCUGGGAUUCGGCUGGGCCAUUCGCGUCUGCACCUUCAUCAACCUCGCUCUCCUGGUCAUUGCUCUACCGACUGUGACAUCGCGUCUGCCCCCAACCCCGAAACCCGUUUCGAUCAUGGACCACAUUCGCCCACUGAAAGAAGGCCCCUUCCUGAUGCUCAGUGGCGGCUGUGCUCUCUUCUACCUGGGAAUGUACCUGCCAUUCAAUUACAUCAUCGUCCAAGCUGAAUACCAAGGCAUGUCCGCCGGGCUCGCCGGGUAUCUCAUCCCGAUCCUCAACGGCGCCAGUCUCUUUGGCCGUCUUAUCCCCGGCAAAGUCGCCGACAUCAUUGGCAGAUUUAACACGAUGAUAGCCAUGUGUGGGUUUGCCGGUGUUAUUGUGUUGGCGCUGUGGUUGCCCGGCACCGCCAAUGCGCCCAUCAUCGUCUUUUCGGCGCUGUACGGAUUCGCCUCGGGGGCAUUCAUUUCGCUCAUCCCGCCGCUGACAGCGCAGAUCAGUGAUAUUCGGGAAAUUGGGGUACGAUCGGGCACGCUGUGGUUGGCUGUUGGAAUUGCGGCGCUGGUGGCCAGUCCUAUCGGUGGCGCUCUUGAGGAACGGGAUGGAGGUGCAUUCAUGGGACUGCAGAUCUUUGCUGGUGCGACUAUGCUUAUUGGCACGGGACUAUUUGUUGUUGGCCGGUGGUACCUUGCGGGAUGGAAUUUCUUUGCCAAAGUGUAA